AUGCCUCGAAGAAUCGUUCGCGACAUGUCCGCCGCGUGGGCGCUGGUCUCACGCCUUGAUCACGCGCCGGAUGGCCUGAUCCGGGUCGGCAAUAUCUUGGUGAAUCCUAGCGAGCCUCAUCGGCCGCUCACCAGGAUCCCGGCAGUCGAGGGGCAGGAGGAGCAGGAGGGCUUUCCCCAAAUCAUCACGGCUGAAUCAGGGCGGAUCAGGACCCAGGCAGUAUGGGAUGUUAACCGUCCUGUCGCACCCGGCGUGGAGAUCCCCCCGGAGGCUCGUCCUCAUGAUGGAUUAUCGUUCUAUGCCACGAAGAUGUACAUUGGGGAUCACCAUGUCAAUUGUUUCCGCCAACUAUGGGUCAGGGAGGAGGUAGUUCAGGCCAGCUUGAUGAGGGACCCCUCUGUUCAAGCACUGCUGGAGCAACGUAGCGGCGGCGACUGUACGCUGUAUCUAGUGAACUCUCUUUUCAUCGCUGAAAAUAUCACUAUCGAAGGGAAACGAUUUCACCUUCCGGAGGGGCGUCCAGAGGAUGGUGUCAACGUCAUUAUUAAGGACCAAGGCCCGAAAAUUCUCGCCUACAAAAUGCUUGAGGUUGUGAUAGACCCUGCACGAAGGGUUAAGCUCAGCGUUUACCGCCCUGCUAGAGAAGAUCCAUAUUUCUUUCCAGAUUGUUGGGCCGAUGUCGCCCACCGACUACUCCACCAGGAGAUCGGGGCCCAGUAUAUGAGCGAGCAGGAAGGUGAUGUUACAGUUGGGCGCAUUUCCCCCUCCUGA